AAGCGACCGUUUGACACAAUUUCAAAUGGAAAGUUGUCAGGAUUUGCAAAGAGGCCAUUUGACACUAUCUCCAAUGGAAAAUUAUCUGGAUUCGCUAAAAGGCCAUUUGACACUAUCUCCAAUGGAAAAUUAUCUGGAUUCGCUAAAAGGCCGUUUGACGCAAUUUCUAAUGGAAAAUUAUCUGGAUUCGCUAAAAGGCCAUUUGACACUAUCUCCAAUGGAAAAUUAUCCGGAUUUGCUAAAAGGCCGUUUGACACUAUCUCCAAUGGAAAAUUAUCUGGAUUUGCUAAAAGGCCAUUUGACACAAUUUCUAAUGGAAAAUUAUCUGGAUUCGCUAAAAGGCCUUUUGACGCAAUUUCUAAUGGAAAAUUAUCUGGAUUUGCUAAAAGGCCGUUUGACACUAUCUCCAAUGGAAAAUUAUCUGCAUUUGCUAAAAGGCCGUUUGACACAAUUUCAAAUGGACGAUUAUCUGCAUUUGCUAAAAGACCGUUUGACACAAUUUCAAAUGGACGAUUAUCUGCAUUUGCUAAAAGACCCUUUGACACAAUUUCAAAUGGACGAUUAUCUGCAUUUGCAAAGAGGCCAUUUGACACAAUUUCAAAUGGACGAUUAUCUGCAUUUGCAAAGAGGCCAUUUGACACAAUUUCUAAUGGACGAUUAUCUGCAUUUGCAAAGAGGAAUUUCGAUGCAAUCGAUGGAGAGAAGAGACCCUUUGACGCAAUAUCCAAUGGGGGUUUAAGUGCAUUUGCCAAACGACCAUUCGACGCAAUAUCAAACGGAAAAUUAAGUGGAUUUGCCAAACGACCAUUCGACGCAAUAUCAAACGGGGGUUUAAGUGCAUUUGCCAAACGACCAUUCGACGCAAUAUCAAACGGAAAAUUAAGUGGAUUUGCCAAACGACCAUUCGACGCAAUAUCAAACGGAAAAUUAAGUGCAUUUGCCAAACGACCAUUUGACGCUAUAUCUAACGGAAAAUUAAGUGCAUUUGCCAAACGA